AAUGCACUGAGGUUAACUCAAGUCUGUGAACUAGUCUACGAACUACGAACUCGUACCAAGUUACCAAAAGUUCAUCAGUCUACCGUCGAUGGUGCUGAGAUAGAAAAUCAAAUCCUACAACACUGGUGUGAGUGUGAAGGAUAUCCGAGAUGCAUACGAGCUACGGAGCACGAUUCUGUAGACAUUUCUGAAGAACGACGUUUUGCCGUCGUAUGCUCUGCUGCUCGCUUCUCUCGGCUCGGUAGGGUAGAAGCUAUACGUAAUCAACAUCGAUUGAGGGAUCCAAUGGGGCACCCACUUUGAAAUUGUUUAGCUGUGCAGCGUUAACCAAUCAGAGAAGAAGCAGAUUCUCUACCUGCUCCAUACAUCUAUGUAAUAUCUACGUAUCUCGGUAACGUAACAGAACAUUUUUAUCGAUUGCGUGCUUUAAAUUUUUUAUUGCGUCACAAGAGAGCGCUUGUAUCACUUGUAAUUUAGAUCUAACCAUUAUAUCAUAUAUACGCAUAGUAUUCACAUCAUGUAUGUAUGUACGGAUAAUUUCUGAAAAUAUAUGAUAUGAAAGAUAAGAAUGGUUAACGUGCAAGUCAGAUGAUUUCAUCUAUAUGCGACGCUAUUAUAAUUUUGCCAGAUUCCAUGCGUUUGAUGUAUUUUGUUUGAUAAAACCAUUGCUCGUUGGAAAACUGUGAUUACUUUUUUAGUCUAUUAAAUUUUAAAAGAAACAGUUACCCGUUCCACUUUGUUAACAUUACUGCACAUUACAAGUAUGAAUUCAUCGUGGGAAGAUUUUUAUGGAAAAGAUUCACCACCUCAGGAUCUCGCGCAGAAUGAAACGUUGUUGAAAAAAUUUAUCGAAUGUCAAUUGAAGAGAAAUCAAGAAACCGUUUUGAUAACAAGUGGAGGUACAACAACGCCCUUGGAACAUAACACAGUACGAUUUGUAGAUAAUUUUAGUGCAGGAACAAGGGGAUCUGUAUCCGCAGAAUAUUUUUUGGAAAAGGGAUAUGCUGUAAUUUUUAUGUACAGGGUUAAAUCUCUGGAACCAUUUUCAAGACAUUUUAUAGGACAAAAGUUUCUAGACAUGUUAAAAAUCGAUCAACAAGAUGGAAAAUCCAAUGUUACAGUAUUGCCACAGUAUGCAGAGAAGUUAGCAGGAAUAUUACAAAAAUAUGAAGAAGCAUUGAGUGAGGAGAAAUUGUUACAACUUACAUUUACAACAAUUUCUGAGUAUCUUUGGCUGCUGCGAUCUACAUGUGCGAUGCUAGCUUGUCUCAAGAACAGAGCCAUAUUGUACCUUGCAGCUGCAGUUUCAGACUUUUACAUUCCAUCCAAUGAGUUGUCAGUUCACAAGAUUUCUUCGAACGAACCACCAAGGAUAUCGCUUCAGCUAGUACCUAAAAUAUUAGCUCCUUUAGUGAACCUUUGGGUUCCUGAAGCAUACGUUGUCUCAUUUAAGUUGGAAACCGACGAGGAUCUCUUAAUCGUUAAAGCGAGGGAUGCGCUUAACAAGUAUAAACAUAAUUUGGUCAUUGCUAAUAUGUUGCAAACUCGAAAGCAAGAAGUAACAAUCGUUAGUCACGAAAAAGACUAUGUUAUAUCGCUUACGAGCGAACAGUUGAGUAUGGGUGAGGAAAUCGAACGAUUAAUAGUCGCGGACCUAGUCGAAAGACAUAAAGAUUUUAUGCAAUCUGCCAAGAAAUAAGUUUUAGGUAAUAUUAAAUAAAUAUACUACCUAAUCGAAUGAUCGGCAACUACUGUUAUCAUAUUUUAUACAUUGCCAUAACGAAAUAUUUACGAUACUUGUAAAAAAAUUGAGCCUAUUUACUUGUUAAUACAUUUUUAACUACUUACAUGUUAAUAUAUUCCAUUGCAUUGUCUCGUUAUUAUUAUAUUAUACAUACUGCAUGUGUUAUAUAUCUUUAUACGGUUAUAAAGUUAGACCCGGAUAAUAAUUUGUA